AUGGCGGCUCCACCACUGUCCGGAUGUCCUCUCAAGCGUUUGGAGAUCCAUGGCGGGCCCACCUGCAACACUUAUGACGCUGCCAGCUUGGAGAGUUCCUUGACGGCUACCCUGGACGCGCAGAGAUCUACCACGGGAAGCCAUAGCAAUCUAUUGCUUCAGUCUCACUUGGGGAUGAGACGAGUAUUCUCUAUGCAACUCGAAGAUCUGACCGCAUCACCCGGCAGUGAAAGGGAAAUUGUAGAAACGUAUCAGCCGUCUUUGAGAAUAAGGAUCCAAUUUUUUUGUACGGCGCAGACUGUUAUAUUUUAUUUCGAAAAGGAACAAGACUUCGGUCACGCUAUAAUUAUGCUCAAGCGCAUUGGAUUCCGCGUCCAAGAUGGCGUCCCGCUUCAAUUGCAUACUUGUGCUACAACGAAGCUGGACCCUGUAUCAUCAAAUCACUUUGGACCACGGUUAAGUUCAUUUACUCCCUUAAGGAAUGAAGGGCAGCAGCUUUCUCAAACCCACUUUUCGUUUACGUCAAUGCUGAAUUCCGACGUUCCCUUAACGCAAUUACUGCCACCAGACACUCAAGGUCAAUGCAUUCAUCAACCUUUACCCUACGACAUAUCACAGGAGCCGGAUCUGCAGUCGUCUCCAGUACCGGCAUACGCCCCUCAUAUAAGCCCUCAACAUGUUCAUCUCAACCAACGGAAGAACACGUAUCAGCCGCGAAUUAGUUCUCCUUUGCGACAUACUAUCCGAAUCAACGAUCAAAGUGAAGCGAAUAGCCUAUCGCUACCGAAUAGUCAGCCAAUCCCUGAUACUGACCAUGCAGAAAUAACAUCUUUCCCAAGUCAUCGAGGUAUCUCUGCUCCCAAAUUGUUGUCCAACUUUUUGCAAUUUCCUCAAGUUGCAGUUACAAAUUAUAAUGCAUCACCCGACUACCAAUUUAGCCCCUCGGGAAGUCAAGAGAGUAAUACUUCUGCUGAAAGCUGCUCACAAACUACAGCGGCCACCGAUGACGAUUUGAAUUUACAACUCGGACAAGAUUUUCGCAAACUAAUGCCGCGAACGCGCAGUUUGCCAUUUUUAAAAGGCAGAGAUCACACUGUUGCUCAAUUAAAGCCGAGAAACAAGUCAGAUCAGCGGCACAAUAACUCAUGUGAGAAAGAAACGGUUCCUGAGAACGCAAAUGUAUUCAAAAAAGAAAAGGCCAAAGUAUUGAAAUCAAAUAGUAUCAGCUCUCAACUUGUUUUCCGUUGUACUCCGCCUCAGUCAAAAGCUUUGCAAUCUGGCGACACUCCAACCUGUCGCCCAUCAUUUGAAGUAGCUGAGCUGCCCACCAUGUUGAUUACUGACCCUGCGCUGCUAGAGAGGGCAAACAAAGCCACUUCACAGCUGCUUGAUCAGUACAGGACAGAUGUCAAUCGGGGCUCUAAUACUGCAGCAUACGCCGAAUUCUACUUGGGGCGGCUACAGGCAGUUCGCAGAGAGUUCUGGUUCAAUGAACUAAAUCAAAUGGAUGAAAGUGGGAGUGGAAACUUGUAUUAA